AUGCAGUCACACGCCCACAGUCAGCUGAGGCAUCACAUUCAGCAGCCUUUAUUCAAGCUGACAAACUCACUUUCUCAAUCUCAAACUCAUUCAACAACAGCCUCGCAAUUUGUGAGCCCAACUGUCAACAAAUCUCCGUAUCAUGGACAUCAAUUAAAUAUCCGACCUGUGAACUCACCCUCUAACAGCUAUUUUCGCCCAAAAUCACCAAGACAGAAGGAAAAAGGUGAAUUUAUCUGCUAUAAUUUUACUUUUGCGGUGAUGUAAAUUCUCGUUGGAAAAAAAAAAAACAACAACAACAACAACAACAAAAUAAAAAAUUAAAAUAGCUACAUUAUUAAAAAAUUGGAGUUAAGGCUAAUAUAAUUACUCAUAACUAGUGAAUUAUGUAUUACUUGUUAAAGUUCUUUUAUUUAUGAAGCGUUAGAGCAUUAGUGAAAUUGAAGUAAUUGUUCAUAGUGGUAAUAUUGCAGAGGCAGACAAAGCGGAAAAAGACAGGACGCAAUCAGCUGAACGAAUUCAUUCCCUUCACACCCGUCUCCAUCAAGAAGCAGAAAAAAUCAGGAAAUGGAAAACGUCCACAGAGAUAGAAAUUAAAGAAAAGGUAAUAAAAUUCAAGCUGUUCACAACCACGAUGUUUCUCAAACCGUGGAUAUAUUACCAUUGUGUCAAGUUGUGUAUUUCAAUACGUAGGAGAAAAAGUUACUGGAAGCUGUUCAAACCAUCGAUUCUCAGAGGAAGUCAAUUCUUGAUUUACAGGUAGCCUUAUUUGUUUGUUACUUUAUUUUAGUAAUUAAGAAUGAAAUUUUAUACCACACUAUUUUUUUUUUCAUUUUGCAAUUUUGCGAGCAAGCGAAGGUAAUCGCAUGAGGCUGAGUAAAAUUAAGGAUUGAUUUCAUGCGUGUUUUCAGAAGUUUCAAAAAUUGCACGAGUCACAGCAACGAGUGCAAUUGUUGCAACUUCUUAAAACACGAAUAACAUUAAUGCUUAAUUUUAUGAGGAAACAAGCGAUUCACUGUUUAUGAUAUUAAGAGCAAAAUUUUCUCUUAUAAAAAAGAUCAACAACGCACGCUGUUGCGCAUUCUCGUAGGAAGCCAUUUAGUGUCCAGUUAGCGUCAGUGAAAUGUUAAACGAACUAAGCUGCUGAAUGAAAUUCUAUUUUUGCACAACAACGCCAAAGUAACGGAAACAACUCUGCUGAAAAACAUUCGCCAUCAAUGAACUUAUAAAAGUUUUAAUUAAAGUUAAGCCUUUUUAAAUGUUUCUAAAUUUUGGUAACUGAUCGGGGUAAUUACUAAAAUUAACGAAAAUUGCCAUUGUCUCAGCCAAUCAGCAUUUAAUAAUUUUGCACAUUAUUUUAAUUAUCUCGCUAUAAUCAGUUUAUUGCAUUCCUUUUCGACUCCAUUCAAUCAUGCAAAGCUCUGUGUACUUUUUAAAGUGAUAAAGCUCUCAAACAUUUAGGUGUGAGAUGAACAUCAUUGAGGACUGUGCAAGAAUUUGCAAAUUUAUAGGACUGACAAGACGUCUAGGAGAUGAUAAGACUUUGUAAACAAAUCAAACAAGCGUUUGCCCAAUGAAGACUCGUAUUUUUUCUAGCAUGAGCAUGUCUAAUUUGUUAUACUGAGAUGCCAAUAACAUGGUUCAGUUUUAAGAGAGUUUUUCUCCGGUCUAUCUGUAUGGUCCACCCAUGUUCAUCAGUCCAAUAAUGUAUAUUGACUAAGAUGGAUCUUUCUAAUAUCCCUGCUUUGAAUGGUGAUCACAAGAAACAAAAGAGUAGAUGGAACAAGAACAUCGUUUAUUUUUAACGCGAAGGUCAGAAAAUGCAAAAAGAGGUAUUCGAAGGCUUUCAAGUGGUUAUGAAAGUUUAUCAAAAUGAGUACCAUUUUACUUGCACGCCAUAGCCAAGUAUUAUUGUUUCUAUUGUGCUUUAUAUAAUAAGCUCAGUUAUGCACGUAUUCUGAUUGGUUCUCACAUAUGAUCUAUUGGAGGACAGACUAUAGAUGACGUCAUCAUUAAACUUUUUUUCCGUAUAUUUUUAUUCUUUAUUAUAUAAAACAAAUAGAUUCCAAGUUGCCAUGCAUCUGUUCAGUAAUAGAUCACAGAUGACGUCAAAAUGUGGUAAGAACAUCAGUGACACACUCAGCUCCGCCUCGUGUGCCACAUUUUUGUUCUUACCACAUUUUGACGUCAUCUGUGAUCUAUUACUGAACAGACGCACGACAACUUGGAAUCUAUUUGUUAAAUAGCAGGCAAAAAAUUUUAUGAUGUAUGCGAUUAAUAGUCUAUUAUAGCAACUUCUAUUUAAGAUGUUUUUUUUUUUUAACCAGCUGUACUUAAAUUUGUUUUUAUAGUUUCAAAAUGAAAGCCUCAGUUCAAAACUUCAGGAAGAGCUUGCAAAUAGGGAGGAGGUGGAACACAAGUAAAUCAACACAUCAUGAUAAAGUUUGAAUUAAAGAUGGUGAUAAUAAUAAUGAAAACAAUAUCAUUAGUUUCUGUAUAGUUAGUCUACAAGCGGAUGAAGACGGGCAGCGGCAUACAAUGAUGCAAACCUGAGUUAAGAGUAAAGAACUAAAUGUUGUUGACAAUGAAUGUUAUUCUAAAAUCUCAAGAUCCAAUUUACUGACGCGUAUGUUAAUAUAUCACAAAUGUAAAUAUAAUUUUUUGUUUUAGAAUCGUUUCUACCAGAGAUUUGUGCAAUGUGUUGAAAGAUCACGCUGCAAAGGUGGAGGAAAAUAUUCUUAAAGGUAGGUAUGUGUCGAGUUUCUGAAUUUAGAUCUCCAAUGAAGGUGAGUAGUUAGAACUAUCAACAACAUAAACUAAGAGCUAUUUUUUGUUUUUUUGACCCAUGCAGGAGAAGCUGAUCGUGACGAACUCAGAUUUGAAGAUGAAAAGCGUGUUGAGCAUUUUCAGGUGAUGCUGAAUUCGUAGUUGUUGCUUUUCAUAACAUCCAGAUGCUAUAGCAACGAGUUUAGUAGAGGAAUCUACGACCAGAGUCACAGAGAACUGCUAGAACUUUUGAGACCUUCAAAAACAGUAUAAAGUAAAUUAAUCUUUGGGGCCUUCCAACCUAACUUUUUAAUUAUUGUUAUACUAUUGUUACUUCAUAUGAUUAUCGUUUUUACUUCUUUGCAUAACGUGGAUUUGUUCUAGAUUGUAUUUUAUGAUUCUAACUUUAAUUUUUUUAAAUUUUUAAAUUUUCAUUCAUAUGUUAUGAUAUUCACUUUUAAAUUGGAUUUUGAUUUAUGUAGAAUGCCUGAUAAUAAUAAACUUGUAUUGUAUCCUAGUUACAAAUGUCCGUAUUGAAUUCACAGUAACCUAACAUGCAUUUUUUUUGUCAGGAAAUGGUCAUUAAGUUCCAGGAUCUACAAAUCGAACACACAGCAAAAUUAAAUGAAAUGAAAACUAAACGUAAGUGUUUGUGUUUGUUUCCAAACCGAUGGGUUCUUUCAACGUCUGUUAUUGACCUCACCUACACUACGAUGUUCUUUCAGUUAAUGGGCAGAGACAAGAGCACGAAGACUUCGUCAUGGAAUAUACAGAAAAACUUCAGAAAGCAGAAAAUCAGGUAUCGGUGUGAUGUCACUCAUCUGCUCACCUUUUACUUUGAAAACUGAACACACUUUCACUGAUUCAGAAACGGAGAUCUUUUGGAAGGCAUUUAUUUAGGAAACUACAUAUCAUACAAUCUACCGUUGCUUCCUUUAAUCAUUCUUUAAACUUGCGCAGAUACUGCUCCUCGAAACUGACAAGAAAACGAAGGAGAACCAAAUUUCCACGAUGGAGGCAGCUUUAGAGAAGAGCAAAGAGGAAUCUACUUCUUUGGAACACGAGCUAGGCAAUUUGCUCUGUUAAUAUAAAAAUUAUGAAAAUAAACUUUACAUUAAUUUCUAAUGAAAUGGAAAUAGAUAUGCAUUUCCUUUCAUUCUUAGAGUGCAAUGCCCCCUUCAAACUUCUACUUCUCAGGUUCUUUUCUUUUCUUCUAUAGCUCUUUUGCAAGAUAAACUGAAGAAAUUGGAAAGUAUCAUCACCUCGCAACAAGUCCAAAUUCAAAAUACAGAGGACAUGUUGUCUUUCAAUAAGGUGCGAAAAAGUAAAAUGCUGGCUUCUUCAUAAAAUACCACCUAAAGUUAUGGGGAACGGGCGAAGAAGAAAAAAUUAUUUAUUCUUCACCAAAUUACUGUGUUAAAACAUUUCGCGUUUCAUUUUGACUCUGUAACGUUCUGUUUCGGUGUGCACUUCAGCAAGAGUGCAAGAGAAUCGAAGAAGAGCGAGAAGCCAUCCAAUCACAGUUUGAGGGUGUCCAAAAAGAGAACCAAGAAUUGAAAGAGAGUAAUCUCGAGAUGAAAAAGGAGCAACGGAAAAUAUUGGACGAGCUAGAAAUACAACUUUCUUCUCUGAUAAAGGAAAAGAAAAAACUGGAGGAGGAGUAAGUAUAAAUAUAUGUCGUUAAAAUAAAACUGGUACGGCCCAGAGACGAAACUGAUACUGGUACCACUAUGUGACGUUAAUAAUUUGCUAUUUUAUUCUGUCAAACACAUAACACUUUUUCUUUCGCAAUCAAGGCUACAAAAUCUUACCAAAACCAACGAAACGACAACAGAUGAACUGAAAAAUCUACGGGUAAAGUUUGGUAAGUUUAUGAGUUGAUUGCUUUUAGCAAUUUCCUAACGACUCCUUUAUAUAGGAUUGAGGCCUAAAGCGCUGGCUGAUAAUAUUUAAUAAGCUUGUCAUUGCAGUUGUCGCGCUUUUGAUUGCGUUCUUAAGCCUAUUUAGAUAUAUUACCUAUUUUAGUUAAAGAAAGAGUUAGGGACUUGCUUAUCUGCUAACAACCCCAACAGUUUUUCAUGAUUACUCGACCUUAUCGUGAAGAAAUGUUUUAUUGCGUUGCAGAAGCUCUAACGAGGGAGAAGGAAAAAGCAGAUACUUUAAACGAUCACAUUCUAAAAGAAAAGGUAACUUUGAUAAAACUGUCCUGACCUCAAGAGAAAAUAUUUUGCCAAUAUUGUUAUGGAUCGUUUUUGUCUCCCUAUCCAGAAUGAUCUGAUGAAAGCUUGCGCAGACCUGCAGGAGAACUUGUCAAAGGAAGCGAAGAGGGUAUCAUCGAAAGGAGAUUUGUUGCGGCAGUCAAAAGAAGAGCUCGGCGAGCUACAGGUCAUUGCUUUUAUUCAUCGGUUUAAUGUAUUUUUUAGGGUUUCAAUUUAUCGAAAUCUCUCCUGAACUUUUCUUAUCUUCUUCUCGAACCAUAGGUUUCUGCUUAAAGUUUUGUUUCUUUAUGUACGAUCUUCAUUUUCUCCUAUCAUUACUCAAUAGUUGUUUGAUGUUUAGGAGACCAAUUCCUCCUUAAUGAAUGAACUUGAGCGAGUCAACAAAGUUAAACAGGAAUUAGAGGAAAAGAUCUGCAUAUUAACACUUGCCUCCGAAGAGAAGCAGGUAAAUGUGCCUGCUGAUUUAAACAUUACUGUAAUAUCACCAGCUGAAGUAGGUGACAUUUGUUAAUAAUUUUGACUAAUAUUAUAACCCCUUUGUAGAGGAAAAUAGGCGAUCUGGAGGUGAAAUUCUGCAAUGCAAAUUACAAUGUGAAAUACCUAACGGAAAAAGCACAAGAUCUUCAAACAAAGCUUGAAGAUGAGAGGUACCCUCUACAUAACAAAAACUAACGGUACAUUUAUCUAAAAUGUAGAUUAUUGUCUUAAUCGGACUUAACCAUAUAUUUAGGGCUGUUUCAGUGUAUUGGCUUCUUUGAACUGAGUUGAUGUCUCUGGUGGUAGCUUUUAAAAAAUUAUUUUGCUUUCGUUUGUGUUGUUUUAGGAAAGAAAAAGAGCAGCUCCAAAUUUGCAUAGAAGACUCUAAGGUAUGGUGUCUGUUAAUUGAGAUCCAUUUUAUUCGUAUAAGGCCUCGCCAGCAUAACGCCGGAUAAUUUGAAAACGUCACUCGGUUUCUUCCAUUCCUUAGAAAUCGGAUCUUUCCGAAAACGCUCUUCGUAGUAGUUAAAUUGAAAACUCGGCUCUGAUGAAUAUUGUUUGUACGCGAUUCUUUUAAUCUCAAUCUUUUAACGUCUGCCGGACUUGAAUAAAUGGAGACCCACAACAUGAGUGAUCUAAGGUCAGUCCACAAAAAGCCGGAAAGAUAGAGACGGAAGUCGCUGUUUUCAAUUCUAAGAAACUCCACUCCAUUAUAGCGUACUUACUUCAGUUUCAAGUCAUAUUUUUUCAAAUAUUUGAUAAAUCUGUUUGUGUUUUCUCUGCCUUAAAUAGGAAUCUGAGAGAAAACUUAGAAAUGAAAUCAGUAUUUUCGAAGGAAAAAACUCAGUACUGGACAAGAGCUUAGCGGUACUUGUUUAUAAAUUCUUUUUUCUGUUUGCUUUGAUGUUUAAUCAUUUUUUUUAAAUGAAAAAGAAUAUAUUUUUGUCGCAAUUAUUAUACCAAUUCAUUUUUAAUCAACAGGAAGCAACAAAAACAGGAGAGGAGUCCAAUAAACUCAUUGAAAAGCUAGAUGGAGAUUUUCAGAAGCUUCAGUAAGUUACUACAGCUGAUUAGGGCCGAUUAAUUCUUCCCCUCCAGACAUGAAGCAUCAACUACAGCCAAGAAAGGAGGGAUCAAAAUAAUUUUGACGAUAAAAACGUUUUCGAAAAAUUGUAUUUCUUGCACGAGAAUUUAAAAUGCGAACCCGAAGCGAAAAACGUUUAUGUUUCUGUGCCCUCAUUUUCUUUACUGCAGCGUAAAACCUCUAAAAAUAUUCAAUCCAAUGAACCUGAAAUUUAGCAUAUUACCUUUCUUGUUUUCUUGAAAUCAUCAGGAAGAAAUACAACAAAAUGAUGAGUGACGGAAGAGUUCAAGAUGAAGAAAGGGCGACAGUUUUAGAGAAAGAAAAAGACAACGUAAUUGACCUGGGUUGUGGUCAUUUUUAUUAGAAAUUUCAAAUGUGGUUGAAGCUUGUUCAUGCCAAUUUAUCUACUUAGGUGCAUUUCAAGACUUAUUUUAUAUUACCAAAUUUAAACAGAAUCGAUAUCUAAAAGAUGACCUGAAAGAACAGACCAAGAAGUUGGAAAUCUUAGAAACAAAGGUAAGCAAGAGUUUAUUAUGUCUUACUUCGAUAGCCACGUUGAAACGUUCAGAAUCAAUUUCGUUUCGAUCAUGAUUAAAUCGAUUAAUUUUUUAGUGAAUUGCAAAGCCAAUUCUGGAAAUUUCAUGAGCAUAAAUUUGCAAUCGUAAGAGUUGGGUCCUCUUCCCUCCCAUUUUAAAACACUUGGUAAAACUUCGAGUGAAUUGCUUUUGUAGGCAAAAGGUCUCCAGGACCAGCUUACAGCCAAAACUAAACAAACUAAAGAACUGCAGCAAGAAGUAAGUAUAUAUCCAGAGGUUAUUUAACAGAACCCUAUCACCAAAUUAGACUAAGGUUAUAUGACAGAACUAAAUUAGACAAUCUGAGUGCUUUUAAUGACUGACCAUUGAUGUUACUGUUUUUUAUUGCACAAAGAAUCGGACGAUGAAAAGCAAGGUUACCUCCCAAACCAAAGCUCUCGAAAAGCUAGAAAAUCAGGUAAUUUUACGAUAAUCCGGAAUCCUCCUCCAGAACGAUAAUGUAUGUAUUCACUGGUAUUCAUCCUUUUGCUUUAGAAAUCAAAGAUAUCCAGUGAACUUGACGCUUCCAAAGAACAGAUUAAAGAUUUUUCAGAAAAGGUGAGCAUAAUUUAAGUUCCAUGUUAUACAGCUGCGAUUUAGAUCGUUUACACCUCCCAUUUUCAGCUGGCUUCUUGAGUUAAAUAAUAGGCACGCAUGUUGUUAAUCUGUUUAUUUUACUUAAAUUAAAUUGUUACAAAGAACGAGGGACCGUACUGAAGUCAUCGACAGACAGGUGUUGAGUGGUUUUAGGGGCUUUUUACUACGAAAAAUCUUGGUGCUACUUCCAAAACGGAUUGUUCAAGUUGUUUUGCCCUCCAAUUCGUAUUUUCCUUCAGGUGUUCUUAUUCUUUAUGACGUAUUCUUGAAGUUUCUGGAAUCGUAGUUCGGUAAUUGUUUUAGUUAUGUUGGAACUUCUACAUGCUCAUCCCAUUACAAACAGAAAAAUAGCAACAAAAGAGCUCUCAAAUAAGCAAGUAAAAUUAAGCAUUUUUCUUUUUUAUCAGAGGUUCAAAACUCAGUACAACAUGUCAGGUAAAAAAUCAAGGCGGAUUAAAGAAAAAACGAUGAAUCUAAAAAUGCGUGUUGCUUUUCAGUUGGAGGCUACGAAAAAGGAAAUCAUCAAGAAGUCUGAAACAGCGGAGUAUCUUGAACAACAAGUAAGAUUAAAAGCAUUUCACCAAGGGCCCCCGAAUUUUAAACUGAUGUAUGUUUUCUUCUUAAUUAACCAAGUUACUUUGUGAAUUUGUAAGGACACUGCCAUGGUGAUUUACACCUUAAAUUUGUUUUGCUGUCGUCUUUGUUUUUGGAUCUAUUCCCCUAAAUCUACUACAGUUUUGAAUUGAACAUAAUUAAACAGGUUCAACAAUUCAAGGAGGAAAAAGAAAAAGCAAUACAAGAUAAAGAAACAGUACAAAAGGAAUCUGAAAAGCAAAUGAAUGAGUUAUGCGCAACAUUGGAAAAGUACAAGGUAGAUUAAAAAAAACAAGACUUACAAGACUAGUCUCUAACGAGAAAACUGUUUGGUUUAAUUGAACGCAAAGGAACUCAAUAGACAUUUCUGACUGGGGUUUUCCUAUAAUUACCUAUGAGAAUUUAAUCUAGCUAGAUACGCUUAUACAUUUUAAUGCUUUAUAGUAAGGGAAUGUAAAUUAAAGUAUUACUGUUGUUGUUGUUGCAAGAACAUAGCAUCCUUUAAUCCAGUGUCAGGAUAUCCCACCUGAAUAGUGAUGGCACGUUAACUUAUGGUCGAACGGCCUUAAACUGAGUCAUAGAAGUAAAUCAUAAAUUAGCCCAGAUAUAUUUACACUGUGCGUGAGAGAAGGUUUAAUUUGAGCAUUAACAAUGCUGAAUUUCUUCGUAAGCCUUUCCUAGUAUGUGCAUAGUGAUAAUUUUGUGAAAUCCUCCAAGAUCAAUCACGCUUUCAAAGAUAAAUUUAAUCCUAAGUAUAGUUGGGUUUUUUUCCUCAAAAAAGGUAAAAAGUGCAAGUUAAUUUUCUUAAUCGACAGCUGGAAAACGAAAAAAUAGUGGCACAAAAGGAGCGAGAGCUGGACCUCUUGCGUGCUAAUGCAGAGAAAGAAUCGCAGGAAAAACAUGUAAGUACAACGAGGCUGAGCGAACGUUUGUAGCUAUAACGAGCAGUGGUGAAAAGUAGGUCCCAUUAAUUCAACAGUUUACUUCUUUUUCUUCUGAUUUUUUCUUCCCUGCAGGAGAAACAACUUCUAGAAGCCAAGAAACAAAUAGAAAAAUUAGAGAGAGAUAUAUGUGAUCUUAAGGAGAAUCAGGUAUAACUCUUUCCAAGUAAUUCCUCCCACUGGGGCUCGGUAAAAUAUGUUGUCGUUGUUAUUUAGCUACAGGGACUAUUUCUGUUCCAUAAAAACAACUAAACAUACUCACAAAACAAAAAACAAACAAAAUAAAAACAGAAAAGGAAAUACUGCUUAUUUACUGAAUUCAAUCAAUUAUUAGCUACAAAACUGACCGACUUUCGAGAAGAAUUGGGGAUUUUCCUCUUCGUAUGUAUUGUUUACCUAAGUAAAUGCAAUGUUUUCCUAUCUAUAUCACUGAUUUUCGAUGCCUCCAGGAAAAAGACUGGAAAAGAUUAGAGUUCGAAAAAUCUGAAGCAAUCCAAGUUCUGACGAAACAACGAGAAGCAAAGGUAACCCUACGAAAUAUUCCGAGUGUCAUCUUAAAAUAUGUCUCUAUCGCCGCUUUCAAGGUCGUUAAUUCUAUUUUUACUGCUCUCCUUUUAACUACCUACUGAACUGAUACGUUCAGAAUGAAGAUAUGACGCUGUUUCAAGAAAACAUUGGCGAAAAAUACCACAAAGUAAGAGAAUUAUUGUUUGGUUUGCAAUUUAUUCAGCUAGAAUCAUCUUUGUGUAUCUCUCUCCUAUGAUCAAUAUGAUUAUAUGUAAGAAGUAAAUUAUACGCUGAUAGCUCUUGAGUUAGGCUUACAUAAUUUGAUCAUUUUAAUUUCUUCAGACUUCUUUUUAAUGUGCUGCUUAACUUUGGGGAAUUGAUAAACCUUACCCUUUCAUCACCUUUUUUUUUAAAUAAAGAAUCACAUUAAUACUUUUGGUUCGAUUUAUCGUUUGCCUCAAGUCUACCAGAAGUUCGCGAACCCCAUCUGUAGACGGGAAACUCAAGACGCCAAAACUACCAGAUCAUAACGAGGUGGAAGCGACGCCUCAAGAUUCUGCGGUGGUUCCUGAAACUCCAAAGCAGCCUCGUGGAAUUCUUAAACUAAACGAAGCCUUUCAGAAAAAGAGGAGGGUAGCUUUCACUACUGCAGGGGAGCAAGAAGAAGGAGACGAGAAAUAUACUUUUAACCUCACCAAGGUUUUUAAGUGUUAUUUUGAUUCCAGAUAUUAGUUGUAUUUCAUCAAUGCACCAUCCACACAAGAUCUCUGCUUGUUUUUUGAUGACAGGUCGGAAGAACAAGUCCUGGCCAGGAAAAAGCGAACCAGAGGAACAAACUACGAUCGAAUGUUCGAUUUUCUCCAAAGCCAUUUAGCUCGAACAGUGAGCCCUUGUCCACAAAUUCCCCAUAUCUGGAAACGCAUAAACUCAAACAAAUCCCACGAGGAAAGCCAAUGGCUCCACAAACACAGAAGAAGGUGAUAAUAGUUACUUGACUAUAGAAUUAAUUGUUUUGCAUGUUUUUCAUUAUGACACUCGACGUGGGUAGGUUAAAAAGCUCUGAUAAGCCUUAAUCGUUUACUUUCUUUCAGUCCUUUCUUAAUAUGUAUUUACAUGGUUUUCUCAUACUAGAUGAAAAUCCAAAGUGAGGAAUCCGAGGAAAUGGCCAAGUUCAAGGAAUUGUUUCCAGAUAUGAAAAGUCCGGAUUCCUUGUACGAUAAGUCUCCGGUAAGUUGGGAGGGCAUAACUAAAAUGGUAUUGCCAGAAUUUCAUAAAUAAUUUAUCUCUGGAAAAAUACUAGAGCAAAACAUCCCAACAUACUGCCCAUCGCUUCUUUUUCGAAUACUGUAUUCAUGUUUAAACGUAGUAGUAAUCUCUAUAUUUUAAAUACCAUGGGGUGUGAUAUUUCUUUCACCAGAUGAAGUCUCGUGGGUUGCACCAAGGAAUGAAGCCCCCAUUCAAGAGCAAAAUAACCAAAAUAAAACCACUUGCGCGUAAAAAGAAAGAGAAGCAAGAAAGUAUUGCAUGGUUUGACUCCGACGCAUUAUUUGGGUUUGGAAUGGAUGACGAAUAA